UCUCGCGUCUCAGCUCGCGCUUCGCCGACCCCUAGCCACGAUCCCUCGGUUGUCCCAUGAUCGUCUCGAGUACACAGUGCGUCUUAAGGUUACCCCCAUCGAUCGACCAGUUCUUCGUCCAGCUCUGAUUAUUCUCGGAAGGGAAUAACCGUCGUCCAGAAAGCAUGGGCCGAGAGCAUCAAACCUCGUGAAUCCGCAGUGCCGCGGUUGUUAAAAGCUCCCUAAGCAGAGGACGUGGUCCCCGCAGGGGGUGUCCCCAAGGAUGUGUCUCUGAGUACACAGUGCGUUCGUUAGCAUCGUCCGUCGAUCGCUUCGAAGGCUCCCUCUAGCCUAGUCUAUCAGGAGAUAGAUUCUUCAAAAGAAACGGGAGUAACCGUCGUUCAGAAGGCAUGGAUCGGGAGGAUAGUGCUCAAGAGUCGUGAACCCGCGGUGCCCUUGUCAAGCGGCCCCCCGAACCAGAGGAUCGUGUCCCCCAAAAGGGGGUUUAUGUGAGUGAUGUCUCGUGUGAAUCAGUGACCAAGUGCUUAGGAUACUCGCCAGGGCCCCGACAGGCAACCGACGAUAGGUCCCCGUUGCCACGGGGAGGAACUCUUUCAAGAUUUUCCGCUCAUUGCCGAACUAUGCGUGGUGCGAGAUGGUGUGUUCUCUGACCAACAAUAACAACAACGGCAAGAGUUGCAACGACAGUGAGCCCUUGCAGCCGCGAUCCAGCCCCGACGCGCAGCUAGGCGAGAACAUGUCGCUGAGCGACGCUCACAGACGGAACAGCCACUUGGAGGGCGACAGGAGCUCGUCGGCGGGUUCAUCGCUGGGCUCGUGCUCGCCGCCGCCGGCGUCUAGCCACUCGCCACCACCUGCCAGACCGCCGUGGUUGCACGACUUCCACGCGGCGGCGGCACCGCACGUUCUCCAGUUCCUCAACCUGAGCGCAGCUGGCGGCAGCAUGCUGGCCAGCCAGCCCCUGGCCGCCCUGCACUCCAUGGCGGAGAGGAGUCAUCACCAACAGCAUCAGCAGCACCAACAACACCAGCAGCAGCACCACCAACAACAGCAACAACAGCAGCAGGCGGGCAUCCAGCUACCCAGGAUCAGCGUGCCCUUGUCCACCAUCACCCAGGGUCAGUCCUCGCCUACAGGGAGCGGGAAGCACAGUCCUGCUACCUCGAUUACCUCUGUCGGGAGCAAUCCCCACGGGAUAGACUCGAUACUCUCGCGACCGGCGGCCACGCAUCCUCAGGCACCCGUCUCGGCGACACACGCCGCGCUCCAGCCGACGCCGCAUCCUCAGCACAUGACCACCCCUCGUUACGCCAUGCACGCGGGAUUCACUGCGUCCUCAGGUAUCGGACAAUUUCAACAAAGAACGGAGCCACGGCAUCCCGCUGUCUAUUGGCCGGGCCUUCAGGGAUUAGUCAGUGAUCCUCUGGCAUGGCGGGCAAGACUGCACACACUGUCGCAACAGCUGGGUUGUCAGCAAACGAUGACAGGCACCGGCGGGGCUGGGGAGCACGAGGGUGGCAAGAAGAAGCACACAAGGCCAACGUUCAGCGGCCAGCAAAUCUUCGCCCUCGAGAAAACGUUCGAGCAAACGAAAUACCUUGCGGGACCCGAGCGCGCUAAAUUGGCGUACGCCCUCGGCAUGUCGGAAUCGCAAGUCAAGGUAAGAUUCACUUUCUGUGCCUCUACGAACGAAUUUUCCCCCACUAACCACCGAUUACGGCAAAUCCUCGUUAAAAGUCCACGUCUGACCUCGAUAAAAGGUUCGCAGACAUUAAUAGUCGAAAUUGUUCGAAAUGAUAGUAGUAUGACGUUGAAUUGA